AUGUCAUGCGCAGUACUUUUCUGCGUCUUCCUCUGCCUCGUUGGAGUGUUGUUUAACUCCAUCAUUGUUCCGACAUCAGGAAAUGCCCACUAUCUCCCUUUUGCGUCUCUCACUCUCGCAGAUCUUGACAUGGUCAAGGACAACUUCGCCAGGGCGAUACGGCACUCAUCUCGUAUGAUAAGUAUUCAGGGAUGGGACGAGGUCAUGAUACCCAUCGUUCAUGUCUUCCAGCAUGGCUUAAAAUUAUGGCGCCGGUCCCAAAUAUGGCUGUAUCCGACAGCAGUAUUCACUCUCCAUGAAGCUCACCUCUUUCGAACGAAUGCAGAUCGCUCCGGGGGCGAACUAUGCCUAGAGGAUAUCUACAUCUACUCUUACACACCAACACUCUCGGCUUUGAUGAGAUCUCGACAAACAAUGAAGACAUCUGUCACCCCGUCGUCCAUGGACAAAGUUAACCGUGUUCAGGGCAAAGCACUGGUCCUUCUGGUGAUGAAGCUACACAGGCAGGCGUUCUCGACGCGUUACAACGCAACACUUGGGGAUCAUUAUGGCUGA